AAGGUGUGAGUGGACUUUUUUUGUUAGUGCAACCUUGAACCCAAAUGAAAAGAAACCUUCAAGGAACAACGUCUGACAGUGAGUCUGCAAUCAUCUUUGUGCUUGCUAUAGAAUGUUCUCAACCCAGAAUAGCUGAAUGGGUGCUGUUUGUAAGGAGUGGCUAUCUGAUACAUGCCUGAGUCAAGAUACAGUUUUUAAAAUCUUCCUGGUGGUUCAGAAACAAGUCUCUGUAGCAUCAGAAGCAAAGAAGGAACUGACUUUUUCUUUAUGAAAUUGACUAUAUAAGAUACAUCAAGAAGCAAAACACAGAGAAGUAAUACAAGUUUGUCAUCAUUGAAGAUUGAUUAUAUUUAGGAGUGUGCUUUGUAAAGCUUCCCAAGUUGAGAUUUUUAGAAACUUCAUUGGUGCUUAUUUAUACCUGGGACUAUAAGCAUGAGUGAAUUCUGGUUGUGUUUCAACUGCUGUAUUGCAGAACAGCCCCAGCCUAAAAGGCGUCGGCGGAUUGACCGAAGUAUGAUCGGAGAACCCACCAACUUCGUACACACGGCUCAUGUGGGGUCAGGAGACCUGUUCAGUGGGAUGAACUCGGUCAGCUCCAUCCAGAAUCAGAUGCAGUCCAAGGGUGGCUACGGGGGUGGCAUGUCAGCCAAUGUGCAGAUGCAGCUUGUGGACACUAAGGCAGGAUAGCACUGGUGACCCCUGUUCGGUCAUUGAGAUUUUUAAUUUUACUUUCCACUAUUCUUUUUUUUUUUUUCCUGUCCUGUAAUUGCUUUUCUUUUCAAUUACACAAAAGAAGUGUGGUGGCGUCUUGUUCAGCCUGUUGUGAUUCCUCCAGUGACACGUUACUGUUCGCUCCGAAGCUGCGCAUGUCAGAUGACCCUGCAGUUCCUUCAGCUGCCUGCAUGCCGGGGACUCGUGGACUGAGUUCUUUGGAUUGUGGCUUAAUUUUUCCUUUUUAGCAAUAUGGAUCUAAUCAUAGCAUGGUAUCUUUCAUGAAUGCUAUUUAACAUUCUUUUUCCAUUUUAAAUAUCUCCACCUUUUAGCCUUAUGAUUUUAUUGGUAAGCAAGGACCUGAUGUUAUUUGUAAUUGGUCAUAUUUAUGUAUAUUUUGGAAGGUAUGAGACCCACAAGCACAAUUGUGAUUCAUUUGAAGUUUCGGCAGAGACGAUAUCUGCAUGCUUAUGAAAUUGCUUCAUAGGGGGUAGGGAUCGUGCUGCUAAGUAGAGACCAUUUAUAGCUGUGUGCAGCUUUGUCACAGCCUCAAGCUUAUUUUAGAAGUGUGGAUCCUUGGCCUAUUAGAAUGACAAUAAAAACUGCUUGCAUCCAUAAGGCACUCACUCUGUUGUAAAUGUUCAGUGUAUUUAUUUUGAGAGCAAGGACCUGUAAACAGGUGUGGCUUUGUAGCUGCGUGUUGGGAUGAUUCCCUUAGCCAGUCUGUUUGAGUCCUCUUUCUAUUUUUGUUUUUAUCUUGUUUGAUACUGUGUCAUCCAGUUAUUUCUAGGAGCAUUCUGUUGAACAUUUGGCCUGUACUGCUAACUGCAGACUCGAGUUGUUGGCCUUUCCAUAGUCUACAUAUUUUGGGGGGCAGUGGAAAGACCAAGAGCCAGUAAAACGGCCACACAGAGGCCUGCACCGAGACCUUCAUGGUGCUGGUGAGAGUUCUUCGCUCAGGUUCCAACAUACGUUUGUUCUUUACUAUUAUAGUGUGUAAAUGCUGCUUCUGCCCCAUAGGGGUGUGGUAUAUAGGCAGCUUAUAGUUUACUGUUAAUGUUUAAAUCUUGUUUCCAUCUCAGCCCUGUCUUAACUUCAUAGGAGUUACAUUUCAUAUAGUAGAUGGGGUUCAGCUUAAAAAGCUACCAGGAAUUAGGUAAUUUAAUAAAAAAGAGGAAUCAUUUUCUCUUACCCUUUUCCUUAGUCCUCAGGUUUUUAUGAAACAGGUAACUGAAUAAAUAUUAGGGUUAUAGAGGCAAAACAUGAAAGCAAUUAUUCUUCUAAAAAUAGUUACCCAAUACCAAGAGGCACUUGCAUUACCCAGUGUUUGUGCUUGUAUCAUUUUGAGCCUUCUUAGGUAUCAAUCCCAGAGAAAAAUCUGUCCACAAAAAGCUUGAAUUUCUCUGUUGUCAUUAACUCACUGUGUAGAGACUGAUUUGUGCAAGCUCAAAAAGACAGAUUGGAGCUGCCUAGCACUGGUGCGAUAUAGUCUACUUCUAUAUUGACUUAUAAUUAGUACAACUUUUAUGCUUGUCAUAUAAUGCUCAGAACAGAGUACAGAAACCCAUAGUCCCUGCUCCAAAUACUCAAACAAGCUCUGGAAUUUCCGUGGAAAGCCAAAGGCUGCACUCGUCAGCCUGUAACUGUUCUGCAGCUGCCACUGACUCAUAGGUACAGCAGUCACCAGGAAAGGUGCUGCUCAAUUACUUUAAAUGUCUAAGAUUUCUAACCUAGAUUAGAAUUUCGUUUGGGGGAAAUUAAGCAGCAUUCCCAAGUAGAAUUGUUUCUUUUGUAUCUCUUAAAAAUUGAAGCACAUAGAAUUUUUCUAUUCAGAUUUCAUUAGAUUGUUAACAACUUGUUAAGUGAAAUGAUAUAAUGACCAGGUGCUUUUCCGUAGUGCAGGUAAAAUAUGUAUAAGGUGGAAAUGGUAACUGGGUACAAUAUCUCCAAAGCAGCAUUGGUGGGCCUUUGAGAGUAAUUUAAGUAGAUUAGCUUCCACUUCAGCAAGUUUGCCUUGAUUUUGUUUAAAUUGACUUAUGCUCAGCACCCAGAAGAGAAAAUUGACAUAUUUUUAUAAUAUAAACAUACUUUUUUUGUACAUUGUGUUCAUUCUUGAAUAAAGUGGUCAGUGUUGGCUUGUAGAUAUUAAAAAGAAAAGUAUUGAUUUUUGAGUCAAUAAAUGUUUUCUUUCAAUCUGG